AACAGCAGUCCGGCACCAGACACAAAAAGGGCAACAUCGCAAGAAACUUAGGGACAGAAUUGAAAGGAGAAGAAGGAGUAGCAAACAUGUUCAAGUGGUUUGUGCUGCUGUGCGUCCUGGCACUGGCCAGUGCGGAGCUGCAAAGGAUCAAGAUACAUCGAAGCGAGCACAAGCGGGAUCGUCGUCAUGUGAAGCAGGAGGUGCGCUCGUUGCGGCACAAGUACCAGCAGCUCAUCCAGGACUAUGUGAUCUACGACAAUGGACAGCCGGACUAUUACAGCGAUUACACCGAGUUCACCACGGAGGAGCUGGGCAACUCCAUGAACAUGUAUUACUAUGGACAGAUCAGCAUUGGCACUCCGCCGCAGUACUUUAAUGUGGUGUUCGACACGGGCUCCGCCAAUCUGUGGAUACCCUCGGCUCAGUGCUUGUCCACGGAUGUGGCCUGCCAGCAGCACAAUCAAUACAACUCCGGUGCCUCGAGCACUUAUGUGGCCAACAAUCAGAACUUCUCCAUUCAGUACGGCACAGGAAGUGUCACUGGAUAUCUGGCCACGGACACUGUCACCAUCAAUGGCUUGGCCAUUGCCAAUCAGACCUUCGGGGAGGCUGUCUCCCAGCCGGGCAACAGCUUCACGGGCGUCGCUUUUGAUGGAAUUUUGGGCAUGGGCUACCUGACCAUUGCCGACGAUGCUGUCGUGCCACCGUUCUAUAACCUUUACGAACAGGGACUGAUCGAUGCGCCCACUUUUGGCUUCUAUUUGGCCAGGAAUGGCACCUCCGAGGAGGGUGGCCAGCUGGUGCUCGGUGGCGUUGAUGUCUCCCUGAUGUCUGCCGAUCUCACCUACGUGCCCGUGUCCCAGGAGGGCUACUGGCAGUUCUCCGUGGACAACAUCAGCUGGAAUGGCUACUUGUUGUGUGAAGGCUGCCAGGCCAUUGCCGACACGGGCACCUCCCUGAUCGCCUGUCCCUCGGUUGUCUACCCGCAGAUCAAUCAGCUCAUUGGAGCCGUUCUCACCGAUGGCAGCUACUACAUUCCCUGCGACACAUUGAACUCUCUGCCCGUGUUGAGUUUCAUCAUUGGUGGCACGACCUUCGAGCUGCCCGCCUCGGUGUACAUUCAGGUCUUCCAGGAGGAGGGUAACACCUCCUGCAUGUCCACCUUCACGGACAUUGGCACCGAGUUCUGGAUCCUGGGCGACGUCUUCCUGGGACAGUACUACACGCAGUUUGAUUUUGGCGAGAAUCGCGUGGGUUUCGCUCCUUUGAGCAAUUAAGUUUCUGCAGCGAAAAAGUGUAAUAAAUAAAUGUGCAAUGAAUCGAAGCAACA